AUGUCGCCGACACCUAUAAGCCCUUUCUCGAUCAACUCGCAAGCAAGCGAGGCGACGUCCGACGAAAUCCCCGACCUUGGCGCCUUCCAGAGCGUCUUCCGCGAGUUCACGCACUUGCACUCGGUCUCGCAGCGAUUGCUGCGCGUCCAAGGAUCCAGCGACGACGGCCUCUCAUCCCUCCAUGUGCCCACCGACCGCGAAGUCGCCACUACAGACCACGAGCUUUCGAGCAUAGACCGCGAACUGUCAAGCAUAGACCGCGAACUUGCUGGCGUGGACCAUGAACAUGGGAAUGCAAGUCACGACCGCGCCAGCACCGACCGCGACCGCCAGUCCACCAUCCUUUCCUCCCUCGCCCCACGCUCGACGGACUCCCCGGACUUCAGCACGGUGUGGGCGAGACAGCCGAUCGCGCAAUACUUAGAAUCGCGCACGGCGAGCGUGGACCCGGAAGCUUUCGCGGCCAUGAAUCCGGACCGCUUCGCGCCCGUCGGGCAUCACACAUAUACGGCGAGCGUGGACUCGAACGCGUUGACAGCGAGCUCGGAUGCGCGUACGACGAGCUCGGACGCGCGCACGACGAGCAUCAAGUUGGACACCCUGACGCCGACCGACGUCGUGGGUCGGGGGGCCUUCGCACCGGGUCGCGAUCCCGAUGCGUUCACGCCUUCAUCCUACGCCGCGAGCAUCGAGCUCGAGGUGCACACCGCGUCGUCGGGUGCGCCAUCGCCUCCGCGGUCGGCCACGCCGACGUCGACGGCGGAGGGCGGGACGGAGAGUCUUUCGGUUACUGAGGAAGAAGAUGAAGAUGUGGAAGGGGAGGAAGACGAAGAAGAAGACGAAGAUACGGAGGAGGAUGAGCUUGGGACUGAGGAGGAUGAAGAGGCGGAAGAUGAAGGAGGCCGCACGAUCCUGAUAGCGGAGGAGUAUCGCGGCGGGCGCGGGGGCUACGAUGGCGAUGGACCCACAAACUACGGCGCCUACGAUGAUGCGUCAUCUGUUACCGACGACACCGACAGCGUCGCGGAGGACGAUACGACGCGGCCUUCGCUGGGCUACUUGGACGAGGUGCUGUCUUUCCUCGCUGCUGAGCGCACGCGUGCGGCCGCGCAGCGGGAAGCGAGGCUAAACUCGGCGUCCGUGGAUGCAGAGGGAGAGGCGGCCCCCGCACCUGAAGGACGUUCCCAAGCACUUGACGGACGUACUGCAGGACCGGCUUCAUCAUCUUUGACGGCCGGCGAGCCGUCGUCAAUCGACCUGCCCGAAGGCUACCGCCAACUUCAAGAAGCGCUCGCCUCCCGGGAGCGCCGGCGGCACAAGCGGAAGAAGAGCCGGACGCUGCUCGCUGCCGUUGACACGGGGCGAAGACGCGGACGACAGUUCAUCGUCGGCGCCAGCGGUGGUGUCGUCGAUGGAGGGAAGGGGCUCAGCUUGGGGAAGGACGUGAGCUCCAGUAACGCGUCGGCGAAGAAGACUGGGAAGACCUCGCGGCUCGCGUCAGCGCUGUCCUCGCACGCGUCGAAGUCGACGCCGACGUUGGUAUCGGGGACUUCGACGAUCAUUGGCUCCACGGCUGGUGGCUCGACAACGGGCCUAAUGAAUGUCACCCCUGAUGGGCUCGAGGCCGCGACGACACCCGCGACGCCUUCUCGGCGCCGUAAGCUGAAGGGCCGCGCGCAUAGCGUCGAAGUAUCGACGCAUGCGAAUGAUCAUUCUACGCCGAACAAUCCCAACACGACGACGAAUGCUACGCCAACCGACCCUGCCAAAGCUCGGGCUGCACGCCUUACCGCGCUCGCUGCGCAUCUAUCUCGCGCGUUCCCCGCGAACGCGGCCGCGGUGGAGAAGCAGGCGCGGCGGCUGGCUUUGGGGCCGAUUGCUGGGAUGAAUGUUGGCGCGAAUCUUGAUGCUGGCGCGCCGUUGGUGGGGACGAGUGAGGAUGCGGUAGUGCAUGUGUUUAUCGACCACUCGAACAUUCUCAUCGGCCUCCUCAACUGGCUGAAGAAGACCCGCCCGACGCGCGGACGCACGGAUGGCAAGCGUUCACAGACAGACAGCGGUCUGAGCUCGCCCAGGAAGCGCCCCAAGAAUCCGAUUGCGGAGAGUAGCAGCGACAACAAGGACCCGAAAACUAAGAUCAAGAGCACUGCAACCGUACCUCCCGGCUCUCCACUGAAGAAGGGCGCCCUUCUUCCAAGCGCUAUGCCUGCGACGCCUCCGCGUGGGCGCCCACUCCCGCAGAUACCGACCAUCAACCCCAACACGGUAGCGACGCCUCUUACUCGACGACCCAGCAGACACCUAUCACACGCGGCGCUGGCGCUCAUUCUCGAGCGCGGGCGGCCCUGUCGGUGGCGCGAGUGCGUGGCGAGCAGCCCGCUGUAUCAGCCGAUGGAUGGGGCUCGGGAGGCGGGAUAUCGGGUGACGGUUUUCCGCCGGGUGCCAGUCGAGGUGGAGGUGCGGCAGGCAGCGGAGUCCGGUCGCUUUGAGGAGCGACGCGACCGCGUGAGUCGCUCGCCGACGAAGAGCAAGCGCGCGAGCUGGUACGCGGAGGGCGUACAUGGAGCAGGGAAGGAGACGCGGCUUGCGGCGCCGAGGGAGAAGGAGGGGAAGCACCGACGACAUGCGAGUGUAGACCGGCCAGUCACGACGCAGACAGCACGACAUGCGAGCCCGGUGAAGAGUCGGCAUGCGCGCUUUGGGAGCGUAGGGAAUGCGCACGGCGUGCUGCAGCACACCAACACGAGUCCAUCCGUGAUGAUGGGGCGCAAGAAGCCCGGGCACUCGCGUGGGGUGUCAAUGGGCGAUGCGCGAGGUAUGGCGACCGGAGAAGGGAGGAUGGAUGCCGGCACUAGCAGAGUCGCUGCAGCUGAAGGUAGCGGCAGCGGCAGCGGCACGCCGAGUCGACUGAAAUACCGCGAGCAGGGCGUCGACGAGCUCCUGCAACUUAAGCUGCACCAAGCGAUGGCAGAGGCCGAGGAGGAGGCGAUGCGUGCGUUCUUGAGCGCGGAGAGUAACAUAAACAAGCGAACCUCCGUCUCGCUUGCCGAAGCCGCCCUCCACCCCGCACCGCCUGGCGGGACGAUCGUGCUCGCGACAGGAGACGGUAACCCGGGGGACUAUCCUCCCUUCAGCGCGUUCGCGGGAAGCGAUGCCAGCCCGAGCGGCGCGGAUGUGCGCGCGGCAGGGUUCCCGGGCACGGUUCGCGCCGCUUUGCGGAGGGGUUGGACGGUAGAGCUUGUCGCGUGGGCGGGUGGUCUUAGCGGGGCGUGGCGGGCGAUGCUAGAAGAGGAGAGGCAGCGGCCGAAAGCGGGUGAGGAGGAGAGGUUUAAGAUUGUGGAGUUGGAACCGUAUGCGGAGUGGUUGUGGGAGGAAGGGUGGUUCGAGGGGUAA